UGGAAUAGAACUCGAUAUUCUAGUCUCGCGUUGCCUCUAUAUAUAUAUAUAUAUAUAAUGAAAUCAGCAGAGCGAAAAGUGGGCUUGCGGUGUAAUUAGUUUUAUAGUUUUGAUGCGAACAGUGUAAACAUACAUAUGCCAAAAAUAUUGUCAAGGCUGAAAAACCAAUUUCAAAUUGCUGCCUGGUCAAUCACAAUAAUUUCAGUGAAGUGCGUUGCCAAGCUCAAACUAGUAACAAGAUUAUAUGGUGCUGUGAUCGAUGAAAGAGAGUGCAUCAAUUGAAGUAAACUAUAUUUAGCAAUCUGAAUAGAAAUGGUGCAGAAGGCAUCAUUAGCACAACUGAAGAGCUUGGAGUGGGGGCGGUUGUUCAACAUGUUCUACAUAGAACCGGUGAUCUUCAUGCUGAUAUUUUCGCACAUGCUGGCAGGCACUGUCAUGCGCAAUCAGCAGAUUUAUCAGACCUGCACGGUGAUAUUCCAGUACAAUGAAACCGAUUGCCAGCUAUUGGACAGCAAAAACACCACCGCAGAAAUACAGGCCAUUGAGACGGAGCUGCAGGCAUACGUGGCCAACAUGUUCCUUACCCGCACGCUCUUCCAGAGCAUCGUGCCCGCCAUUUGUGGCCUGUUCGUCGGUUCCUGGUCGGAUCACUAUGGCCGCAAGCCCCUGCUGAUUGUCUCCAUGGUGGGCUUCUCUGCCUCCGACCUGCUCUCGUCCGUCAUCUGCUGGCUGUCCAGUUACUACCUGGUUAAUCCCUGGUGGUACACCUUGGCAGCCCUGCCGCACUCUUUGCUCGGCGGAUUGUGCGUCUUUUCCGUGGCCGCCUUCUGCUUCAUCACGGACACCACGGACAUGAAGACCAGACCCUACAGAAUGAUCUUCAUGGAGUUGAUAUUCUUUGUGGCCCUCACGAGUGGCUCGUUAUUAUCCAGUUUUGUCUAUGCAGCCACCAGCGCCGCCUUUGUGCAGAGUCUCUCCUGUUUGAUAAUUGUGAUGGCCACACUAUUUAUCAUCUUCUACAUGCCCGAAAGUCUGGGAAUGUGUCCAGAUAAGGACGAGACCCCUGAAACAGCUGACACACCUGAAAAAGAAAAGGAAAUCGUUGUCACAGUUGCGGAUCAGAAAAUGAAUGAAGCAUCAGCGGAAAGCGUCGAGCGGCGUGAGGAUCCGCCCAAAUAUGAGUCCUUAGAAAAACCUCCUUUGGAGGACGAAGCUGAAAGAGCUGGUUUGUUCAGCUUUAAGCACGUUAAGGACAUGUUUAGCACCUGCUUUAGGAGGAGGGAAAACAAUGCUCACACCAUCAUUUGGCUGGUUACUUUGGCCGGCUUUGUCUCGAUUUUCGUCGGCGAUGGCGUCAUGACUGUGUGGUACUUGUUCGUGCGCCAGCAGUUUCACUUCACAGUGCGUGAGUUUACUAUUUUCGACACUGUCAGUCAAUCAGUGCCCAUGUUGGGUGCUAUUUUGGGGAUUCUCAUUCUGCGAAAGCUGUUUGGACUGUCUGUGGUCACCCUGGCGUUACUGUCUCUCUUUUCGGAGGUGGCCAGCAAUAUUGCCCGAGGAUUUGCCUUCCUGCCUUGGCACCUCUACGUAUCUGUGGUCCUCGGCAUCUUUCGCUCCAUUCAGGGACCCAUGUGCCGCACAAUUGUAUCGAAUAUAGUUCCCUCCUCCGACACUGGUAAACUGUUUGCCAUCGGCAACAUCGUGCAAUCAUUCGCCCCCUUUGUCGCCGCUCCUCUGUACACGGCCAUCUAUAAGGGCUCGCUGGCCAGCAAUCCUGGAGGAUUCAAUUUCCUCAGCGCCGCCUUCUACCUAAUAGCGUUUAUCCUGAUUGGCUGUGUGAUGCGAAUUAAAUUCAAACACCGAAACUUCUACGCCAAGACGCUCAAAUAGCCAGGCAAACUGAAUUUCCAUCAAUAUUGAUUGUGGCAAGUUUGCCAACUUUCCACUGCUUUGUUUAUGCUUAAGUCGAAAACUUUGUGUGGCCAGCAUUAAAUAACUGGGUUUGUCUGUA